AUGCGCCUCCCGCAACCGUCGAUCGUACUCCUGCUUGCCGUUGUCGGCGGGCUUUUUGCGCUUCCCGCCGAGGCGCCGCCGCCGUUUCCGAAUCGAGGAUGGGCAAACGCCGAGCACGACCUUGUUGGCUACUAUGACGACCUCGGAGACAUUGCCGACCUUCCCCUGCUCUCUGACUUCCAGCAGCCGACAGCACAGUCGAGCGCCUCCCAAGCCGCUGCCGCUGUGCCGCUCUCGCAUCAGCCUCCCGCAGGCUACGGCCACUGGCAGCCUGCUGUCGACCCGUCGUACCACCGAUUCGAUGCCUACGCCCCUACGAACGAUGCCCUUGGUCUGUCGGCCUACCACCCGAUGAAUCAUGCCUACUCGCAAGCUGAUGUAGGCCCUUCGCACUACCAGCGCGCUCACCCAGACUACGGACAAGCAGCAGACCACUCGUACUUCCACGGCACACCUGCCCCUUGGAGCGCCGAUGUCGAGGGCCCCGAGGGAGCGAGAUCGGCCCACUCGCAAACGAUGCCGUCCUCGCCGCCGCCGGACGAAGUGUCAUCGACAACGGCACACGACCAUGACCCGACCUCGCAUCAGGACGAUGAGCAGCCCCUAACCGUCGACACCUGGAUCCCCGCCCACCUGAUCCGCCGAGCCGCGCUCCAUCCCGCGUUUGGAGACUCGGUGCUCUUCGAGGCCGUCCAGACCGGGCUCAAGGAGCGACUGCGCCCGUCCCGCGUCGUUCUCGCGGUGCGCCGGCGUGUGGCACCGCGUGUGAGGCGCAAGGAGCAGGACGUCUGGCUCUUCCGCAACCUCGAGACGCCCACGCACACCGUUAUCUUCUUCCGCGACCUGGUGCUGCGCGCCUUUCUGCAGGAGCACCAGCUUGCCCACAUCCGCACCUUUACCGCCUUCGCUAUUCCCCGUCGAUCCACCCACAACAUGGUUUUCGUCGGCCAGGUUCACGUCAAUGAGGUCGUGUCAGGCAAGCAAGAACCCAGAGGCCGGAUUGAGGCCGUUCCUGGCACAAGCACGUGGGCUGUUCGAAGCUGA